AUGGAAACCUCCAAAUUCCAAAUCCACGAGUCGGGACACGCGAACGAGGUCAAAAUGGCAGAUCUGAACGGCAGCAACAACAGCGAAUUCCCAGCGAAGAGGUGCGGUGUCUUGGGAGCGACGGGGAGUGUUGGACAACGGUUCAUCCUACUGCUUGCUCUGCACCCGCAUUUCAAGCUCACGGCGGUGGGAGCGAGUCCCCGGUCGGCGGGCAGGAAGUACAGAGAUGCUGUGAAGUGGAAGCAGAGUGUGCCCAUGAGCAAGGAGCUGGGGGAUUUGGUGGUGAAGAAUUGCAGGGCGGAAGAGUUUAAGGAUGAGGUGGAUGUUAUCUUCAGUGGGUUGGACAGUGAUGUUGCAGAGGCUACUGAGAUGGAGUUCCUCAAGGCUAACAUACCUGUCUUCUCGAACGCGAAGAACUACCGCCGCGAUCCAAUCGUGCCUCUGGUCGUCCCGACCGUCAACCUACCACAUCUAUCCCUCAUCCCUCAUCAACGCAAACACUUCGGCCUAGAGAAGGGUUUCCUGGUCUGCAACUCCAACUGCGCAGUCAUUGGCAUUGUCAUCCCAUUCGCCGCUCUACAAGCCAAAUUCGGACCAAUCAACACCGUCAGCGUCGUCACAUUGCAAGCCGUCUCGGGAGCUGGAUACCCCGGCGUCAGCAGCAUGGACAUCAUCGACAAUGUCGUGCCAUACAUCAGCGGAGAGGAGGACAAGAUGGAGCCCGAGGCCAGGAAGAUUCUGGGCGCGAUCAACAACGAAGCCACAGCCUUCGCUGACCAGAAGGAUCUCCGCAUCUCAGCUGCAUGCAAUCGAGUGCCGGUUCUGGACGGCCACACCGCCUGCGUGUCACUGCGAUUCGAGAAGCGACCACCCCCGUCCGUCGAGGAAGUCAAGGCCGCGAUGCGAGAGUACGUUUCAGAGGCGCAGAAGCUUGGUUGUCCGUCUGCUCCAGCGAAUGCCAUCACUGUGUGUGAUGAACCAGACCGACCGCAGCCAAGGUUAGACCGUGACCUCGACAGGGGUUACUCAGUCAGUGUUGGCAGGAUACGCGAGGACGAGAGCGGUAUUUUCGACAUCAAGUUCGUGGCGCUCAGCCAUAACACCAUCAUUGGUGCCGCUGGGAGCAGUUUGCUCAAUGCUGAGGCGGCGGUCUUGAAGGGGUACAUAUAG